CGGGGCACAGGCCGGCCCUGGCGCUGGGGAGGGCGGAAGGGCGGUGCGGGGCGGCGGCUCGCGGCCCCGGGUCACGUGUGCGGGACGCCUGUCCCCGAAACUCAGGAGACGGGACCAGAUCUUAGUCUCACGGGUGGGUCCAUCCCUCUGCUCCAUAGGUCCCGAACCAUGGAGUACAUGACGGAAUCCAUUGACCGCAGCCCGGGACACAUCUUGUGCUGUGAGUGUGGUGUCCCAAUUAGUCCAAAUCCUGCCAAUAUUUGUGUGGCCUGUUUACGAAGUAAAGUUGACAUCAGCCAAGGUGUUCCCAAGCAGGUCUCCAUUUCUUUCUGCAAACAAUGUCAAAGAUAUUUUCAGCCACCAGCAUCAUGGGUACAGUGUGCUUUAGAAUCCAGGGAGCUUCUUGCUCUGUGUCUGAAAAAAAUUAAGGCUCCUCUGAGUAAGGUUCGGCUUGUUGAUGCAGGCUUUGUUUGGACUGAGCCCCAUUCCAAGAGACUUAAAGUUAAAUUGACAAUUCAGAAAGAGGUGAUGAACGGUGCUAUCCUGCAGCAAGUGUUUGUGGUGGAUUAUGUUGUUCAGUCCCAGAUGUGUGGAGACUGCCACAGAGUAGAAGCUAAGGACUUCUGGAAGGCUGUGAUCCAAGUCAGGCAGAAGACUCUGCACAAGAAAACAUUCUAUUAUCUGGAGCAGUUGAUUCUAAAAUAUGGAAUGCAUCAGAAUACACUACGUAUCAAGGAGAUUCAUGAUGGUCUGGAUUUUUAUUAUUCUUCAAAACAACAUGCUCAGAAGAUGGUGGAGUUUCUUCAGGGUACAGUUCCCUGUAGAUAUAAAGCAUCACAAAGAUUGAUCUCCCAGGAUAUUCAUAGUAACACAUACAAUUACAAGAGUACUUUUUCUGUGGAAAUUGUUCCAAUAUGCAAGGAUAAUGUGGUCUGUCUAUCACCAAAACUGGCACAGAGCCUUGGAAAUAUGAGCCAGAUAUGUAUUUGUAUUCGAGUAACUAGUGCCAUCCAUCUCAUAGACCCAAACACCCUACAAGUUGCAGAUAUUGAUGGGAACACUUUCUGGAGUCAUCCUUUCAACAGUUUAUGCCAUCCUAAACAGCUCGAAGAGUUUAUUGUGAUAGAAUGCAGCGUAGUCCGAGAUCUGAAGCGCAGUGCAGGGGCUGGAGUGAUAUCUAAAAAGCAUACUCUUGGGGAAGUCUGGAUCCAGAAGACAUCUGAAAUGAAUACAGAUAAACAGUAUUUUUGCCGGACUCACUUGGGACAUCUUUUAAAUCCUGGAGACCUGGUGCUGGGAUUUGAUUUGGCCAACUGUAACCUAAAUGAUGAGCAUGUCAACAAAAUGAACUCAGACAGAGUUCCGGAUGUGGUGUUAAUUAAGAAGUGCUAUGACCGUACCAAACGCCAGCGCCGUAGAAACUGGAAACUGAAAGAGCUUGCGAGAGACAGAGAAGUCAUGGACACAGAUGAUGAAAGGCAAUAUCAAGAUUUUCUUGAAGAUCUUGAAGAAGAUGAGGCAAUUAGAAAAAAUGUCAACAUUUACAGAGAUACAACCAUCCCUGUGGAAAGUGACACAGAUGAUGAAGGAGCACCCCGAAUUAGUCUGGCUGAGAUGCUUGAAGACCUUCAAAUUUCUCAAGAUGCCACUGGUGAAGAAGGUGCAUCAAUGAUGUCAUGAUGAGUCAUAUGCUGUUUGCAUAUCUGUGGCCUCAGGAAGUUGGCAAAAACCUUUAUUGUUUUUUUGUUUUGUUUUGGUUUUUUGUUCUUUGCCAGAUGUUUGUUUCUAGUGAAUUGACCAUUAGAUUUACAAGUUUCUGAAAAUGGCCAACAGACCCUAGAAAGACAUUUCUUUAGGCUCCUGCUUGAAACCAACAGCUUCGAUAAACUGCUGGCCUUGAUUCAGGGCCAACCUUUCUUGUGUACUACAUGUAUUCCCUUAUAUUUUGAAAGGAGAAAAUUGACCUUAAACUUGAAUAAAUUGCUAUUUUGAUUGUUCACUUAAA